AUGAGGUACACUCCCACCCUUUUCGCCCUUCUGGGCUCCGUCGCCACGAGCUACGGCUGGGUCUUGGAUGCAUCAUGUAACCCAUAUAAAGAUAUGGUAAUCACUAGCAUGAAUAGUGCUUUCGAUAUGGCCAGGGCAGGGAAUGAUGUUCUGGAGGCCAUUGAUCCCUAUGGAGACGGGACUCCGAACCAGGCUCAGCUCGACCUGGUGUCUUACCUUUUCGCUGAUACAAUGUCGAAUGGCGAAGUUAACCCUUCGCCAUUUCGCACGGCCCGCCGUAUACACGAUAUGAUUCUGGCCUAUGACUCCAAUGUCGGACGUCCUAUGCCAAACCCUCCGCAGGAUUUGUCAACCUUGCGCUUUGCGAACGUCGUCGUCUUUUGCAACUAUGAGCGUUUCACCGAAAACCGAGAUUGCGACGGAAACGAGGCCAAAGGAAUGGCUUGCGACACAGCCAUGCGCCAACCUUUCCAGAUGGGCGACCUCUAUAGCGAGUGCAAGAACAAACCCUUCGGUGGAGGUGGCACCGAGGCUUGGACAAAGUACUUCGAUAGUCGGAGAAUUGGAAAGGCGUCCAUAAUCCAACUAUGCCCCUGGUACUUGCAACAGGUGAAAGGCCAAAAGUUCAAAACCUUUGAAGACCUGGGGAACAAGCCCUUCCCGGCUCGCAAAUUGAAGGAUAGGCUCCUAGGCAACACUGCGAUGGAUUUGGUAAAUACGUUUUCUGGCACGCUGCUGCACGAACUGUCCCAUGCACCGGCAGACAUUGGAGCACGCGAUGGAGACGGGGACGAUUCAUACCGCUGGAAGAACUGCCGUAGGUUGGCAAAGCAGGGCACGACAAACGCAGAGAGCUACGCUUUCUUCGGCCUGGGAGCGAGGAUGAUCGCUAGCCAGGACAAUCCGCAGCGGCCCAUGGAAGACGGCUCCAUCCAGGUCCUCCCUGCAGGCGCAAAGAAGCGAAGGUCUGACAACGUCCUGGUCAACCGGGCAGAUGCUCCAGAAGUCACCAAGACGGUGGACCACGGCCCUGUCACUCUGGAGCCAUCCGAUGCUGCGUCCCUGACCGAUGUCGUCCCAGCUGGGGAGAGCUCUGCGGUCAUCUACGACGUCCACACGGUCUUCCUGGACCCAGGCGAGGAUGAUUCAUCCUCUGGCAGCUUUGGCUCGAGCACAUCAGACACGUCCGAGCCUACCUCUACAGCUUCAACCUCUGGUCGACCCGGUUCCACAUCAGACACGUCCCAGUCCACCUUUAUAACUUCGCCUCGUGUACCAGAGUCGCCUGGUGUAUCUGAUUCUACUUCCUCUGAUCCUACCUCUUCUAGUCCUCUUAUUGGUACUACCUCAGCUGGCUCGACUUUAUCUGGCCCUGCCUCUUCUGGCCCUCUCGCUAGUUCGACUUCAGCUGGCUCAACUUCAUCUGACUCUAUCUCCUCUGACUCUGCCUCUUCUAGCUCUACUUCAUCUGAUUCUACUUCCGCUGAUUCUACCUCUUCCAGUACUGUUAUUGGUACUACCUCUUCUGACUCUACUUCAUCUGGUCCUACCUCUUCUGGUCCUCUCGUUACUUCGACCUCAGCUGGCUCUACUUCUUCUGACUCUACUUCUGGCUCUACUUCUGACUCUACUUCUGAUUCUCUUUCCUCUACUUCGUCAGGCAGCGCCCCUUCUGUUGUCAUUACAACCUCGGAGGGGAACCCUAUUACCUCGACUGUGGUUGCUGAAUCAACCCCAGCUCCUACUUCCAUUACGUCUGCGCCAGAAAGCAGUGACGUGACGACAGUUACAUCAGGCUCAUCUACAACCACAGUCCCAAUAACUGUUGUGGAUGUGACCAAGUCCGACACGACGACUCCCGUCACAUAUACAUCCACCCGGACCAGCGCUGAGGACGGCAAGCCUACAGACGUUUGGGUGUGCACUGGGUCUCUCUGUGACUCUGACUCGGAUUCUGACUCUGACUCUGGCUCCGGCUCCGGAUGCAAAAUCCCAGCCUUCUGCAACUCACCCGAUCUGGGCACGUCUUGGGGUCUUUGCUGUGGCUUUGCCCCAGCGCCUCUCCCUGAUGGCACAGUCCCUCCCCCUGGUGGUCCUCCAGCUCCUCCUCCUGCUCCCCCAGGUGGCCCUCCAGGUGGUCCUCCCGGCGAAGAAGGCUCUCCCAGCAACAGCAACGACAACCAAUCUCAGUCGACCACUCAGACAUCAUCUUCAACCAGUGAAUCAAGCUCUACCACAUCCUCAACAUCUAGUGAGCCAAUGGCUGCGGCGACAAUUACUGGUGAUCAAUUCCUGGAGGCCGCGCCUGUUACCUCGUGGUAUGAGGUGCAGCAGUCGCUUCUGUCGGAGCUCAUGGCAGACACCACCGAUCCAUACAUUACCUGGACGCCCUCAAGCUCGUCCUCUGGCUCGCUGUCGUCGCCAACCUCCAAGCCUCAGAUCACCUCGUCGUCUGCUCCUUCGACAAGUCCACCCACAUCCGCCGAGACAACUUCAUCAACAACAGACACGACCUCUGCCUCUUCUACCACUGACAGCUCCGACUGUUCUGUUAUCUCCCAGGGAGACAUGCGCAUACUCUCCUGUCCGUCGACCACUAGUACUAGCACAUCGUCGACGUCUACCUCUUCUCCAAGUAGCAGCUCCGGCUGUUCGGUCUCCUUCCAAGGAGACAUGGGCGUACUCUCUUGUCCGUCGACAACUAGCUCAUCGACGACUAGCACAUCGUCGGCCUCCAGUGUCGUUCUGUCUGGCUCCCCAACGUCCUCUGGGACGCCUACCACCUCUUCGUCGUCCAGCUCAUCUGCAUCCCCAACGCCAUCUGAAGACCCAGGUACGGCCGACUGUAAAAUCAUCUUCAAGGAUGAUCUCGCCUCGAAAAAGGACUGGAUGUACAAGGUCACCAUGUCUGGCGACUGGGUAGACGAGAAGGUCGUCAAGACCGAGAUCUCGACCUGCAGCAACGAGGGAGGCCAGCCCUCAGCGUGGGUCUGGGAGGACCAGGGUGACGGCUUUUACAUGGCUGGCUUCGACCUGUACGAUCUGUCGGACGAGGACUGUGUGGCAUCUGCCAUCAGGAGCGCCUCCUCCUUCAAUGUGAAGGAGUUGACAUGUAACGAUUAUAUUGGCGAAGACAGUGAUCUGGCGAUGGAGUUGACGGACCAAAGCUCGAGUUAG